UCCUGGGAGGAGAACAGGGGUGCAGGGGCCAUCCACCCAGCCCCCAGAACCUGGGUCGCUAGAGAGCCAUGGCCAGGCCCCCGGAAUGGGUCUUGCUCUGGGCACUGCUGACGCUCUGCAUCUCUGCAGAGACCCCCAGGGUGUGGGUGCAAGUCCAGAGGGAGGCCUUCAAGCUCUGGCCCUUAAGGAUUCGCUGUGGCUUCCUGGGACCUGGCUCCAUCUCCCAGGUAACCGUGAACUGGGGGGGACAUGAUGAUGCCGGAGGGACCCUGCUGGCUGUGUUGCACCCAGAAUUUGGUGUCCAUUGUCAGGCCCCUGUCUGCCAGGCCCAGUGGGAAACCAAAAGUACCAUUGCUGUCAUGCUGGAGGGGUCUGAGGCAAGAAGCUCCUGGGCCAAUGCCACCUUCUGCUGCAAGUUUGUUUCCUUCCCGGAUGGUUCCCAGGAGACCUGUGGAUACCCUCAGUCUGGCUCAGUUGAGCACAGCUCAGACCAAGGGUCCCCUGCCCUGACUCAAGCCCCCAUUCUGCGAGCAGACCUGGCCUGGAUCUUGGGGGCCUUAGGGCUCCUCCUCUUGGGCUUCAUCUUUGUCUUCUAUGUGCGCCGGCAGAGGCGUUGGUCUGUCAUUAGGCUUCAGCCGUCUCUCACCAGCACCCAGGCACAGAUGCCAGCUCAGGCCACCAGCCAAGCCCGUCUGACUGCUCUCUACCUCCCCUACACCACCACCACUCUCUGCCCAGAAACUCGGGACACCAUCCACCCCCACCACUGCCUGCCCCAGUGGGCACCACUGACUACCUACUCCACACACCAACCCCUGGCACCUGCACCCUGGGCCUCUAUAUGGGUCUCCUCACGAAGCAGUUUUGUCUGUGUUGAGAAUGGACUGUAUGCCAGGGCAGGAGAGAGGCCUUCCCGCACUGGCCCCAACCUCACCUCUUUCCUUGACCCUCUGGGGCCCAGAGCCAUGGAGAGGCACUUGGGAGUUGAAUGACAGAGACCAACUCCCCUCCGGGCCUGUGGAACCCCCCUGUUGGCAUCUGUGUCCUGGGUGAGGUCAUCUUGUUUCAAGAGGCCUCUGUUAGGUGUCUGCACUCACCUCAGU